GAAUUGGAAGGAGGAGGGGGCGGGGAGGCGGCACGGGUGCUGUUUCUCCAGUCUCUUUCCUCUGUCUUUGUCUCACACUCUUUUGUUAGCCAUGCCUAGCCUGCUGGUUCUAGCAGGGAUCAUGGAGAAAAAUGGGGGCUACGGCGGGGAUCUAGCCGGCUCCGGGUACGGAAGCGAAGGUCUCCUAGUGCCACCGGACGAGGAAGAAGACGACUCCCGUGCCCUGAGGGUCGCGCUGGGCCAGCUGUCUCUACUGGGGCUUGGUGAAGGCGAGGACGGUGGUGGGGCUCCUGGAACGGGAGUACAGGAUCGGAGUAACAAUAACAAUAACCAUCACAACCAUACCAAUAAUAUUGGCGGAGGUAUUGGUGACACAGGGCUUUUGCAAGGGAAGAACAAGUUAUGUGUCCUGUACGAGGGUUCUUCAAGUGAGACGAAAGGACGAGGCUGCAACAUAACAGAAUGCGUCCCCGUGCCCAGCUCAGAACAUGUGGCCGAAAUAGUGGGGAGACAAGGUUGCAAGAUCAAAGCCUUGCGGGCCAAGACCAACACCUACAUCAAGACCCCCGUGAGGGGCGAGGAGCCUGUGUUUCUCAUCACGGGCCGAAAGGAGGAUGUGGCCCUGGCCCGGCGCGAGAUCAUUUCUGCCGCCGAGCACUUCUCCAUGCUCCGAGCGUCCCGCAACAAGCUGGGUGUGUCCUUCAGCGGUUCCCCGCCUGCGCCCCUGCCGGGCCAGACCACCAUCCAGGUGAGGGUGCCCUACCGCGUGGUGGGGCUGGUGGUGGGGCCCAAGGGUUCCACCAUCAAACGCAUCCAACAGCAAACCUGCACCUACAUCGUCACCCCUAGCCGAGACCGUGACCCCGUCUUCGAGAUCACGGGAUCACCUAGCAAUGCCGAGAGGGCCCGUGAGGAGAUCGAGGCGCACAUCGCAUUCCGAACGGGAGGUCUGCAUGACCACAACAACGAGAAUGACUGCUUGGGGCCGGAUGGCGGCAGCCCAGUAGGCUCCGGGGGUCUGGAGAGCCGCCUGCAGCAGGUGUGGGGUCUGCAGGGGGGCCAGCGCAAGCCGUUGACCAGCAGCUUCCGCCAGAACUUCUCAGAUACCAUGGUUGGAGGAGAAGGAGGUGGCAUAAUCUACAGCAAGGGCAACUUCAACAGCCCUGGAGAGAAGCCCUGUUCCUACUUUGGCUCAGAGGGCACCCAGAGUUGGGGAGACCCAGACUACCCAAAACAGGUGGCCUUCUAUGCCCAGCAGCGCUCCAAGAGCUUUGGAGGCCUGCCCCUGCCCCUGACCAGACUCUCUCCAGGCCUUCCUGACCCUUGUGGAGGGAACAACGGCAACUCCUCGGGCACUAGCAUCACUAUUCUGUCUGGCUCUCCUCAUGCCCAGGCCCGCCGUGCCCAUAGCGAGCCAACCUCGGGCGCGGGGUUCCCUGGACGCCUCCCUGUACCGGACUCGCCACCAGCCAUCCUCCGGGACUGCAUGACCUGCUUCGAGAGCAAAGUGACGGCCGCCCUGGUGCCCUGCGGCCACAACCUCUUCUGCAUGGAGUGUGCCAUCCGCAUCUGUGAGCUCAACCAUCCAGAGUGCCCGGUGUGCCACACCCUGGUCUCUCAGGCUAUCCGAAUAUUCUCCUAAAAAACACCACGUCAGUUUUUAACAUUCGUUUUAUCACAGUGUUUGUUCUACAAUUAUUUACUAUUAUUAUUAUUAUUAUUAUUAUUAUUAUUAUACUUUUCUUUUCUCAGAAAAUGUUUUUAAAAAACAAGCAGAUAUUUUAGAAGGCACUGCUUGCUUUACUAAAAAGUAUAAGAAAUAUUUUGAAUUUUUUCUUUUAUAUAUAUACAUAUAUAUUUUAUAAAAGUUUUGUUUAUAAGAAAAGUAUAGUACCUAGCAUUUUUUCAGUUUUUUUUACUGCUGCUGUUUUUCAUUCACGAAUCACAGUGUGGGCGGAGUAGUAGGAACGUGAACAGUUUACGAUUCAGAUUUAUUUUACCAUGAAGUGGUUUUAUAUGGAGAAAAGGAAAGAGGUGAUAAUUGAGGUUCAGUUUAACUCCCUGGUAUCUUAUCUGUACCUGAAUGAUAUGGGAAGUCAAAAUCAAACAGAAGGAAAAAGAUUGAAUCUUUCAUUGCACCUUAUAAUCGUCUUGGUUUCGGAUAGUCAGAUUAAUGAUUGUCAAUCAUCCAGAAAAAUGACAUAGCUGAUGAAAAGGCAAAUCCCUCAAUGUGGCUCAAAAAAAUGGAACAAAGCUUUGAUAUUGUCAUUGAAAGUCUAAAUUUGUUCCAAUCGAAGGACAGACUAUUCCAUCAUUGUCAUCUUUCUGACAUUUGUGUCCCUUUACAAGCUUGUUGUUAUACCUGGUAGUCCUCCCUAAACACCUGUUAGAAUGGUAACAAUAUGGGACCGAAUAGCAGACAAACGCCUUUCUUUAUGCAGAUAUGUCUUACAGAUUUCCUUUUUCACAAAGAGGUGAAUGAAUGAAUGCUACACAUUGUAUUGCUGAAAUAUCACUACAGUUUGGUGAAAAGUUUCAGCGAUGCCUGUUCCUCGUGGCACUUGAAAAGCAUGUUUCUUUCGCCGGUGUUAAGCACUGAUUUCAUUUGUGAGGUCAAAAGCCUUGGAAUUCGUCCAGUUGGCUAAUUUGGGAGAUCUGUCUCCCCGACGGACUAGUUUCAAAGCCAACUUAUACCCACUUUAUUGUCUUAUGUGGUAAUUUAGCUGUUAGCUGAACGAUGUAGGACAAAAACGAGAGCCACUUUUGACAGGCAUCUCUCUGAGGUUUGCGCAGUUAGAGCGUCAGCCAUUAGAGUGGACAGAAGCUGAGGAAAACACUGAGCUGUUCUCUGAAUUGGUAAUAGAGUGUGCCUAAAUGGGCAAAAAGCUCCUAGAAUACAGUACCACCAUCCACAGAGCUCCCUCGCCACCCCCGUCCAGCAGCUUUGUAUUUUAGCUCAGAGGCCUCUAAUUAUCAGAGCUGUGCAGAAGCAGGUGUUUUUCUAUCUUUUUUGGGAGUGGCUUACCCCCCCCGCUUACUGUUCGAUCGUUGGCUGUUGAAGGUAGUAAUGACUGCAGCUGACCCAGAAUGCAUUGCCUCCCUGAGUGGGGCGUAUUGUCUGGGCCCAGCGGUGGCGUGGGCCCGGAGUGCUCGGACACGGCCCGGAGAGACUCAUUGAUAAUUAGGCAAAUUAGCCGGUCCAGGUGCGGACCGUGUGGCGACCCUGGUGCUGAAUGGGGGGGUGAGACAGAGUCCCGGCGUGGGCUGCUGACCACCCCACCCCUCUGUCACAGGCACAGAAGGUCCAGUCUGGGUGCAGCUGGGCGAAUGGGACCCCUCCUUCCAUAUCCCCCUCCCUCUUUCCUUCUCUGCUGCUCUGAGCUAUCCCUACUGGGGAGAGGGGCCUCCUUUGUCCCAACACUCAGGAAAAAAGCAGCAUAUGAAAGAAAGAGACCAACUGAACAGGCUGCCAGCUCUGAAAUGAGAGUGAGGGGACUUUGGAGAAAGAAAGGAUAUCUACAGUGUCAGUAGAUUCAGUAAUUACCUAGUGUACAAUUCUGACACACAGAUCCAAGUCUUUGAAAUGCCCCACUGAACUAGAUGUCUCCAUGUGUUCUCAAUAACAUAAGGGUAUGAACACAUGCAGACAUAUAUCAUUUAAGAGUACGAGGAGUCUGAUCACUUGGAGUUCAUCGCCCCCCCCCAAUUUGGAUGGAGGCCUUUGUGACAGAGAGCGAGUGCAGAUCGAAGUUUCCAUAGAGAGGCCCCCCCCCCCUUUAUCUCCUGUCUGUAUGGGACAUCCUGCAGCUGCCCACUCACCACAGACACACAGGCUUAGCCAAUGGCAGGCUAGCACUGGGCCUUCAGAAUGAAAUCAGACGAUUGUAAUUGACAGGAAAGCGGAGGAAACGCCCCAUUUAGCCACCACUCAUGCUGAAUCAAAUUACACACCCUUUGCCUCUGCCUUAGCCCCAGCCUGGGGAUUUCAGAGGGAGGGAGGGGGGAUUAGAGCCGUUGGAGGAUAAGAGGGUUUUUUGGGGGGGUGGAGAGAGAGAGAAGGCUGCUCUCAAAGAAAAGAGAACCUGCAGAUCUCGUCUUUGUGAGAGGGGUAGUUAGAAGGCUGCUGCCUCAUGUUUGCUGGUGGUGGCAGGUGAACAAGGACAUGCUGGUGAUUCAGCUGGUCUCCCACUAACACUGCAUCAGAUCGCUCUAUUAAGUUGUUUUUUCUGGAGAACUCUUUUGCUCAACUUUUGUCCAUCAAAAUAGAAUUAAGUUACAAUAGACUGUUGUCCCUAGUCUAGGCAGCAACAGAGCCCCCCUUUUCCCCAUUGUAUUGUCAGCAGACCACUCCUGUUGUCCAUGGACUGGGAAGAAAUAGAACUGUACUUUCAGAGUAUCUAAAUUCUAUUACAUAUUUAGAAAUUAAUUGACCAUUUAUUAAUGGGGAGAACUGCACAGUGGUUUGGUCUGAACUGUCAAUGACAAUUUCAAGGCAGUAUAACGCUGUUAACUGAAUAUAGUAUUUUCUAUUCUUUUUUUAUUUUGUUUUAAGCCUGAAUAUUUUGUAUUAAAAGAUAAAUAUUGCUUUCACUUUGGCAUGAAAGUUUAGUGACAUACAGUAGGCCUUCAAUAGUAUUGCCCCUUAAAAAAACGUUCACGUAACUAUUUGUCAGAAAAGAAUGUGAAUCAACCGAGUUGGGUGGGAUUAAAUGGAAUUGGGGAAAUUAGGCUCUUAAACCCUUUACAUUAAAAUAUAGAGUAAAGCACCUUAUUAUAAGAAAACACAUAUAAUUAAUACCAAACCGACCACUGAUGGUGAAUAUUUCUUCAUAGAUUUUGAAAGACAUGCACAUAAGGUUUCCCUAUCAUGUUUUUAUAAUAUAAUUAUUGUUAUUCCUUGUAGUAGUGGUAUUAUGGGAGACCUCUCAUCCAUUCAGUCAGUACUGAUGACUUGGUUGAGUUUGCACUGGUUUAAUGUAGAGGGCUUUUUAGAGAGUCUCACUGUUUUAGAGGCUGUGGGAGAAAUUUGCAUUGUGCUUUAUGAGAAAGGAUUCUGCGCAUCUGUGUAUAUAUAUAUAUAUAUAUAUAUCAGUAAUUUACAUCCAGUCAAAUGCCUGCUAUAUAAGUGGGAUUUUGAUUAUUUUUACAAGGUGAAAAUAUCAUUUUGAAUUUGUUUGUUUAUGGACUUUUAAGAUCACUUUGAUUUAUAUAUAUAUAUAUAUAUAUAUAUAUAUAAAAUGUCCCCUCAUCCUUAAACAUAAAGACGUAUAUUGAUAGGCUACUUAUAUGUAUGGAUCUAAUAAACUUAAGCAUUUCAUCAAGUCAAAUAUAUAGAUAAGAAUACCACAAUACCACAUACUGUAAUGAUGAAUACAGGGCUGUAUUGAUGUUUCCACUGACAUAUACCAAUACAUUCUCUCAAAUAUGUGAAGAAAUGUGUUCUAAAAUAUUCCAAGAUCCUUUUGGGUGAAUCAGGUUUUUAUGUACAUUAGGAUGAAAAGCAAUAAUGUCAAUACUGCAACAGUAAACAAAAGAGCCAGUGUAGUAAAUUCAUAGAAUUCAGCACCAUCCAUAACGCAACCUUGAUUCAUUUGAAUAUUAUUCCACUUUUGGUUAAUAUCUUCUAAAAAUGCAUAUGGAUUUAUGCCAAUGUAGGAUGAGUAAUGUAAUUAAUUAGUAACAGUUUCAGGCACAAUAGCAUGUUUUUGUUGCUUUCCUACGUCUUGCUUUUAGUAAUUUUUGACUGCUUAAUCCCGUCUUUUUAACAUUGAAUAUUAAUAAGACUGCAAGUAUACCUCAAAUACAAGGUGUGCCAACACCAGUGCAACCUCAAGAGUUCCUCCUCUUAGUAUAUGUGGAAUUUUGAGGUCACAAUACCUAUUAUUUGAAAGAAACCAAUUGCAUUGUACAAGUAAGCUUUUCAGUGUAAACAUACAAUGCUUUUCAGGAACAUAACAUGAACAAUUGAGGCAUUUCCUGUCUGUCAAAAGCAGGAAGUCAUAACAACUUAAAUCACACACUAAAGUAGACACAAUGGCAAGACAGAAGGUUGGAUUAUUUCCAUAGGAUCUAUCUAAGACCUCUUCCAUAUGAACGUAUACUGAUGCCCAAUGCAUUGAGCCAAACAUUUUCAUCACUUGGGAAAGUAGCAUUUAUUUAACAUGUAUUACUCUGUAUUUAUUCAUGUUUAGGGAGAAAUGUUUAUAGUUACCAUAAGCAUAUCAUGAGGAUAUAUUUCAGUUUUUAGAUUGGUUCCAAAACAUAUGUAGCUGAUUUGAUGGCACAAUUUAAUUAUUUAUUUUUAUGCUGUCUGUUAUAAGUAGUCAUUAUACAGCAUUUAGCUGAUUUAAAAUAAAAGGUCAAAAGGUAGCCAAAGAACAAAACCUUGGAAGAGGUUCGAGGACAUCUAUAGAAAUGAUAUUGCUAAUCGUAAGCUUACAAUUCUACGAAUGUUAACACAUUUCGACCAUAUCAUAGUUUGGAUUUAUUGAUGAAGGUGGCUGAGGUCAAUACAAUAUUAAUCAGCUUUCGUUUUAAAUAACCCACUAGUGAUAGUUUUGUCAAAAGUCGUACAGCAUACAAACUUCAGUCAAUAUCUGUGAAAUGGAGCUUGUCUCAAUAAAGACGUCCUGUUUCAGUUUGGUCUUUUUUUAUGCUACAGUAGCUUCAGUGAUCAACUACCCAAUCACUGCCCAAAGACACUAAUCCUAAUGCAUCACCCUCUUAAGUUGUAUUUAUAUUGGUUUUAUUGUCAACUUAGAUUUAUGAAUAAUGAUGUCAAUAAGUUUUGUUUCAUCACAGCUCUUAAUAUGAAAACGCUAGACUUGUCUUAGGAAGUUUAUGUUUCUUCAGAAUGGGGCAGGGACACAUAAUAAAUGAGAAAAAUAAGGGUUAGAGAUUUGUCUUUGUUUACAAUUCUGUUCAAAUUCAUGUUGAAUUUCAGCUGAAGGGCUAGAUUUGUCUCAAAGACCCCAGACUGAACAAUAGUUGAAUAAUACAUAAGAAAGUUGUUAAGAUUAUACAAAUACCCUGCAGUACCUUUGUUAGAGUUCAAAAAUAAUACUGCGGUUUUAAUUUAAUAUUGUUUCUAGUUAACUUUAUUUUCCAUGUCGAAGUAUGAUAGCUGAAGUUUAGUCCAGUACAUAAGAGUAAAAUUAAGAUCCCAUGGCAUUAACAUAUUUCAUCAACAUAACCACAAGGUGUAUAAAAAGCUUUAAAGAAAUUAAGAUGGAUUAAUUCCAUAUAUUUACCUUGAAGUGUAAUUGAUAUAGAAAUUCAAAUAAUGACUGUCUUAUAAGAUGAGGUAUAGCUUGAUAUAUGCACCCAGUCACCCAGUAUAUGAAGUACUCCACUUCCUUUAGUGGAGAAACAAAGAUGGCGGUGAGAACUCUUAGGGGGAUGUCUAUUUCAUUCACUUUUUUUUCAAUUGUUAGUGUUCUUUAUAAUAUAUUAAAGUAACCGUAGAAACUAUGAACAGUUUUCUUCUCUUUAACAAAUGUACAACUCUUUAUGCAUUAUGUAUAACAAUAAUAGCACCCCUUUCAAGGAGUGAUAGGAAAUCCUUUACAUUGACGCACUUAAGCAAUUAUUCUGACCUAUCAUAAUCACAAGAUGAGCAAGUAAUGCAUUUGAAUGUAAAAUAAAUUACCAUUGCACUCUUUUUACCUUUUGGUUUAUACAUUUUAAAGUGAGCUGGAAAGAAUUUGUGAGAAGGUUUCACCGCAGUCUAUAGAGUUCUUCCACAUACAUUUAUAGAAAGCAACUUUAAAAAUGAAUAUUAUUACAGUUUCUUAAAUCUAUUUUGCUAACAUGGGUUAUUAUUUCAUAGAAAGACGAGGAUUAAGUCAGUUUCAGGAUGUUAUUUAUGAAAAUCUUAAAAUGAAAACAUAUUUAUGAGUAAGCUCAAGAAAUUUGUUUUUUAAUUAAAAAGACAAGAAGUUAAUAUAUUUCUAAACACAGGAAAGUUGGUUUCUACUAACGGUUAAAAAAAUAAAAUACGUUUUAUUUAUGAAAGUUAUGGACUCACCUCCACACUGUAUUUCAUUGUAAAUGAAAUAUAAGCUGAUGUGGGUUCCCCAUAACUUAUAUUUUAACUUCCGAUAUGCACUAUUUAAAAUAACACCAGUGCAUUCACAGUGGAAUUAUGACAGAAAAUAUAAUAUUUUUAGGAUUUGGAGGUAUUUUAGUCACUGAGCAUCAAUAUUGUGCCUCAAUUACACAUGUAUUUUUUGCAUCAGCACUCUCACUAUGCUGCUUGCUUACCUUUUCCCCUUUGACUAACCCCAUACUGACUGGCCCCAUUACACAUUUCCUCUGGAGUCUUAACUUGCUUUUAUUAAUCUCUAACUUUUUAUGCUAACACAGCUUCAGUUGUGAUUGCAAUGCUGAGAACGAGUGAUUCAGGUGUCCCACAGGGGCACAUGUUAAACACAUUCAGAUAAACACAUUCAUAUGUCUACUACUUGGGACCCUUUGUGAUUGGUAAGGCAAGAGAGGACAUCAUCAAAGCCUUAAUGAAUGAUUACCUGAAAAUUGGGCUCAAGUUUCUUCGUGAAAACAUGACAGGCUGAGAACUGAGCUGAGUGAUCAAUAGUUUAGCACAUAGGCACACUGUGUCGUAGAUCUAUGGUAACCAGCCACACACACACACACCAACACAUUCAUAUCCGUACUAGUUUGCAUGUAUCUUGUAUGGUCACCUAGACUGGAUAAACACCACAGAUCCUUUGUGUUUGGUUUUAACACAAGGGGUCUGGGGCUGGUUGUUCCUUGUAGAGUUUCAUAGUUGGCGCCCCUUCAGAAAACAGAAAAGGACAAGUGUUUCAGGUGAAGCAAAGAGAGGCCGUUUCUGUCCCCAUGUGACACGGUCAGUAUUUUACCGUUUUCAUUAUCUCAUCCCAGUUCUAUAAAAAAGGGAAGGAAAGCUUGAUUGUCAUUCCUUCACAUAUGAAUGAACAUAAUGUAUUUAUUUAAUCUCAAAACUAGGUAGUUAAAAGUGAAUAUUUGUCGUACAAUUCAACAUGUCAGGACGGUAUUUUCCGCCACAACUGACUGAAGCAGGGGGACUGAAAUGACCUUCACGUCGUCCUCUUCUGAAGGGGCCACCACAGUCUGACAGUCUUUGGUAGUGUUUCUUCAGAUUCUCCCGGCACCGUAGAAGUGUUUCAUACCGGUCUAUAGUGGUCUUAGUGCAUUAGUUUUGGGUCAGCAUCUCCUGGCUUUAGUUUCUGGUUUCUCUGUGAUCAGUGAGAGAGGGUUUGCCAUGUGGCUGGCCGUCACUUUGAUAAAAUAAAAAGUCUUCUUUGAACUGUUACAGUGUGUCAUGCCCGCAAGAGGCAUGUGAUAUUGCAGGUUUAUUUCUUAGCACAUGUUUUUGUGAAUAAUUUGAUAUUUUAUUAUUGUAUCUGCGCCAUAUUAGUUUUGGUUUCUGUUUUUUUUUUCAAAGAUUCAAGAUGUAUUGUAAAUGUUUCUAAUAAAACAAAAAUGAAAUCAC